CCAGCAGUGUGCCAGUCGUGCGUAGCAGUAUUCCCGAUUACUCGUACUAAUCAAUUCUUUUUCAUUUGUGUUCUUUUUAAUCCUUUUGUAAUAAGUAUUUUUUGCUGAGUGCAAUAAAAGAAUUUAUUUGGGUUGUCAUCUAUACAUCGCAUCAAUGACCUCCUGACAUGAAUUUCGAGAGCAUAUGCAACGCACGAGAUUCCAACGAAGGCACGACGCAUCGAACAUCAGAAGUAUACUAGUAAGAAGCCAAUCAGACAGAAAUAACUUCAACAGUGAAUGUUUAACUUUUUGGAUAUCGUCGCAGCUAAGUUCUCGUUAAGUUCUCUUUGCAUUAGGUCCUUUUCUUUCUCAUAGUGCAAAUCAAACACAAUCACAUAAUGGAUUUGUCCAAAAGAUUUCAUUAUUAUUGGACAGAACUGGCGGAUCCACGAACAAACGAUUGGGUCCUAAUCGAUUCGAUAUACCAAAUUCCACUUAUAAUAAUUAUAUAUUUAUACGUCAUCCUAUAUUGGGGUCCUCGAUUUAUGAAGAACAGGCCGCCUUAUUCUCUAAAGACAUUCAUAAAAAUUUAUAACAUUUUUCAAAUCAUAGCGAACGCUUGGCUAGUGCGAGAACAUUUAGCCGCCGGAUGGAUGAAAGAUAUACCGUUAACUUGCAUGCCUGUUAUUUAUUCCUACGAACCACAUUAUUAUAAGUAUAUUCAAAUCCUGUGGUGGUUCCUAUUGCUAAAAAUGAUCGAUUGCAUAGAGACGAUAAUGUUUAUGCUGAGAAAGAAAAAUAAACAGAUUUCGGCCCUGCAUUUAUACCAUCACGUAUCGAGUCUGAUGUUUAGUUGGAUAACCGUAAAAUAUCUAGCUGGAGAGAUGUCCACGUUCGUCACGUUGGUUAAUUGUAGCGUGCAUGUAAUAAUGUAUACCUACUAUCUUCUCGCGGCAUUCGGACCACGUGCUCAAGCGAUCAUUAUGCCGGUCAAAUCUUACAUCACCAUUCUUCAGAUGGUGCAGUUCUUUGGUUUCAUACUCUACACAGUGCAAAUUCUUAUGCCAAACUGUCAUAUACCAAGCCUUUUCGGCAUUAUGUUUUUAAUAAAUGUGGCAAUAAAUUGGUUCAUGUUCUACAAAUUUUAUCAAAAGUCGUACGUUUCAUCAAAAGUGAAACAAUAAAACAGGAAAAAACUAAAUAAUUACUAAAGAAGAAAAAUAAUUUUGUUAAAAAUAUACAAUAAAAAAAUGUAAUAAUAAUUUAUCUAUAUAAAUAUUUACGAGUAUAAAAUUUUUUUUUAUAAAAUACACUAUAUAUAUAUAACAUAAUUUUAAUUUACAAAUAUUAUCAUCAUAUAUAUACUUAUUGUAAAUUAUAUUUAUUGUAUUAUAUUUACUUUUUCGUUCUUUCAUCUUUAACUAUCAAAAACGAAUAAAUUAUUGUAUAAAACAAAUAAAUUAUUAUAUGAAACAAA